CUAGGUUUCCAUUUUCAUAACCUUCAUAACCUAAAGUUUGUUUAUAAUUUAUAAACGUUACGAAGCCGCAUCGACAAUUAAAUAAAUUGCAGUUUUAACUCAUUUUCACCAUGGUUAGUGAAUCGCAAAUAGCAGGAAAAAUAUCCGAAGAUGAAGCUACUCUUUAUGACCGACAAAUUAGAUUAUGGGGUUUAGAAGCUCAAAAACGUUUGAAAAAAACAAGAUUAUUAGUAAUCGGGUUACAAGGUUUAAGUGGUGAAGCAAUUAAAAAUAUUGUUUUAGCUGGACUUGAGUCGGUUGUCUUGUGCGAUAGUGAAAAUGCAACUGAAGACGAUGUAAAAGCAAACUUCUUAAUUCCUACAACUUGUGUGGGGAAAAAUAGAGCUGAAUCAUCAGUUCAGCGUACUCAAGUACUGAAUCCAACCGUAAAGGUAUCAUCUGACACUAGACCUGUAUCAGAAAUCAAUGAACAAUUUAUUCAAAAAUUUACGGUGGUGUUAGCAACAAACUGUGCACUAAAUGAUAUCACGAAAUUAAAUGAAUUAUGUCGUAAGCACAAAAUUAAGUUUUACUCGGGGCAUGUUUGGGGUAAAAUUGGUUAUUAUUUUGUCGAUUUACAUCGACAUUAUUAUGUGAAAGAAGUAAAAAAGACCGUUACAAUAAAUAAAAUAAACGAUUACUUUUUGGAAAAAAGUCGACAACAACAAGAAGUUCAAUAUGAUGGUGAAAAAGAGGUUGAUGAAAAUUUACCAAACAAUCAUAUGAAUCAUAACAAUCAUAAUAAUGUAAAUCAUGUAAUGAUGAAACAAAUUAAAGAAGAAAAAGUCGAAUAUCAACAAAAUACUGAACUUUUUCCAACACUCAAACAAGCCUUACGUGUGAAUUUUUCAAGUAAUCCUUAUGCAAAACAAAUACGACGAAAAAAACUUGAUCCAACAUUUUUUGCUGUUAUGGCAUUAUUACGGUUUCGUACUGUUUUUAAACGUGAUCCUGCACAACAAUCUUGGAAAGAAGAUUUUGGUCGAUUAUUACGAAUUCGAAAAGAAAUCAUGCAAGUAUUUCAAGUGAACAUUGACUAUUUUCCAAAAGAAUAUUUAUUCAAUGUGAUAGGACAAUUUUCUCCAACAUGUGCGAUUACUGGUGGUGUCCUUGCACAAGAAAUUAUUCACGCUAUUGGAGGUACUGAACCACCACAUAAAAAUUUCUUUUUAUUCAAUCCAAUACAAUGUGGUGGUCGCGUUCAUUAUAUUGGACCUGCGCAAAAAGAAAAUAAUGAUUCCUAAAAAUAAACAUAAUUUAUAUAAAAAAAAAAAAAUUAAAAACACUAUAAAACUUAAGUUUACAGAACUUAGGCCGAAGAGUAUUAACUAAAAAAAUAAGAUUUUGAGAGAUCGCUAGCUAUAAGAUUAAAUCCCAACUUCCUUAAGGUUGCUGAGGUUUUUGAAGCUUUUUAUAAUUUUUAAUAAUUAAAAUUUAAGCUCUUACACUCAGCAGAUUUCCCAAUAUCAUAUUUAUAGUUUAUGAAAUGUCUUAUCCAAAAACGUGAGCAAUCUGACAUCAAAUUCAUAUGUGCUCUAUGGUCUAAGUACAAUUAUCGAUGAACUUUAAACGAAAUAAAUAUUCUAAUAAAAUAUUAGAGUUAUUAAAUCAUCGUCUGGUCAAUUUUUAAUCGACUUCAACAGACUUUCACAGAGUGAAACCAGCUUUUAUCACUAAAUAAAUAAAUAAAAACAUUGGGCGCCGUCUGUAAUAUUUAUUGUUCAUGCUCUAAUACCACAGUUAUGUUUCCAUAUUCCCACCAAGGUGUAUAUAGUUCUAGUAAAGGAUUAAAUUAUUAUUAUAAAAUUACACAAUCGAUGCAAGUAUUCUUUAUAAAAAUUCCAUUGGCCAGAUUUUGUUUUAAUAAUUCUAUAAAAUACUCUAUUUGAUGCAUACUUUUUGGACAUACAUACUUACAACACAAGCCUUUAUAUUUAUAAGUACUGUUGGCAUUUUACUUCCAUUUUCAUAAAUUUUUUUUAACAUUUAAGAGUGCUCUUACAAUUAAAACAUAAUAACAGAAACAAUAAUCUGUAAAAGUCCAAAACGAAUGCCAAUUUUUACAUCCAAAAGUAUUUAAAUAAAAUU